AUGAGCAAACAAAGUCAUAAAGCAAAAACAAAUUUACCAGCUGGAGGCUUCCUUGCAAUCGGUCGUGAUAUGCCAUCAACUUCAGAUACUAGUCGUGUCAAACCAUUGUUGAACAAGCGGGAAUUACCGCAGGUAACAGUUGGAAUUUUGAAAAAACCUCGCUUGGACUUUUCUUCUAAAGUUGUUCUAAGUUCUUCAUCAGUCAGUUCUCAGAAACGUAAUGAAGUGGACGAUUCAAGAUGGCGUUGUUUCUGUGCUGAAGUUCAUGUCGAGCCCAGACAUCUCCUUUUAUUGUUGGAAUCUGCGAAGGAAAAACAAAAACCACAGAAAGCUGCUCGGUUGAUUUGCGCGGCAUUACGAGAUAUGAGUGAUCGCCGUAAAGAUGCAGGUAGCUGGACUGUAGAACCAGCACUUUGUUCUGCUCUACUUAAUUUCAUCAAAAUGAAUGCACCAUUUUUAACGUCUUCUGAGGAACUAAUUGAAGGGCUUUGUUCACUUCUGUCAACAAAUUUUCCGUCUUCUCCAUGUUCUGCAAUAGCUCCUCUGUUGUUGUACAAAGUUCUGAAAGAAAUGAACGAUUGGAAUUGGAAGCUAGUGGAGACUUUUAUGGAUGAUAGUUUGCAUGAUAGGCAAUGGGUUGAUCGGCCAGCAGCAGAUGAAUUGGCAAAGAAUAUUAUGACAGCUUUCGGUACUCGAAUACCGCAUGAAUCAAUGUAUACAGGUUGUGAAUUGGUCUAUCCAGAGAGAUUUCGGAAUGAAGUAAUCAUUACGAAUAGAUUUACACAAGUUAAUGGACGAGAGCUUAAAAUUGAAGUAUUUGUGUCAAGGAUGAAAGAUAUAUGUGAGCGAAAAGGUGAAAGUGCACCGCGAAAUUUGCUGAAGACAAUGUGUACAUGUGCCGGAAAUGCAAGUGUACGUCUAUUAGCUGCACGAAAAAUGGAUUCCUGGCUACUCAAUGGAAAACUCCAAAGGUACGCCAUGGAAUUGCUUUUAUGGAUAGCAUGUAAUAUGGGACAAAAUGAAUUAACUGAUGAAGAUAGAGACACUUUAUGUGCUUUGUUAAAAUUGCGAGCAUUGAAAAGUAAACAAAUAAAUACCCUUUUCAAUGUUGCUUUGAAAGAAAUAUUGAGCAAUGAUAAAGGAAUAAUGUGCGCAGUAACAAAAUUAUUAUUAUCAAAUGAAUUCUCAACCAAUCGUUUUCCUUAUAAUAUGACUAUGAUCCAUGCAUUAUUUUCGUUUGAUAACCGCUCAGCAUCAAGGGUAUUAGCUCGUGAAAUUUCUCAGAUGCUUGCUGCUAAAGAAGAAUAUUUGCGUGUGUCUAGAACAUUCCUUCGGGAAUUUGUCCGCUCUUUAUUACGUGUGGAUUUUGACUUUGCACUUUUUACUGCUCACUUAUUGAACGCAGUGGUAGAAGAUUUUUCAUCUGUUACUACUCCUAUGUUUUUUUUCAAGUCAUUAAUUGAUUUUUGUGUGAUGCUACCAUUUUUGGCAAUUACUCCUAAUGUUAGAGAAGCAGCUCAACUUCGGCGAAAUUCAGCUGGCAGUUUAACUCAAAUACAUAUUAAUGCUUUACAAAAAUUUUAUGCUGAUUUGAAAAACUUCUACGAAAUCUGUGCACAGUUUUUCUACAAACACCAUAACUUUUGCUGUGAUAAUCGGCUCUUUGUAUUUUCCUAUUAUCGAGUUCUUUAUUUAGCACCGGCCGACUACUACGCGAGUGUGGAUCAGUGGCCAACAGAAGCAGAAGUCACGCAUUAUUUGCGUGUUAUAGCUGAUACUCCUAUUAGUGAACUAUUGUUAUCAAUUAUUUUGAAAGCUGGAUCUGAUCUUUCAGUCCCAAUUGAUGCUACGGAUACAGUGGAUGUUAUAGAGAAUAUCACGAAACGAGCUUCGAUGUCUUAUACACUAACAGGUGGUAGUAUGAUUCAGAUCAGUAAUUGUACUCUCUUGGAAACGUUAUUCAAAAUUACAGCUUAUAAACCACCGGCAACAUUCAAUAUUCAAGAAGAAGACCUUCCAUCAUUGGCCGUAAAAACGUUGUAUUGGAAAGCUUGGCUGAUUUCAUUAAUUUGGGCAGCACUGAAUAAAGAAACAUUGUUGAAGGAAGUGUACUGUAGAUUUCCGAACUUGAAAUUGAUCAUGCAGAUUGUUUUAACUUGGGAUUAUUCUUUUCCACCAAUGACAAGCGUAGGGGAUCAAUUAAGUGCGGAAAAAAUGAUUGAGAAUGAUGAAAAAGCAGCAUACGAAGAAAAGAAGGCUAUCAAAAUUCUAGAGGCCAAGUUAGCCGGAACGGAAGUGACAGAUUCCAAUUCAAAGCUUCUCAAUAAAGUUUGCAGUCUUGACAUAACGGGCGUUUGUCGUCGUCUUCCAGAUAACGUAAUGCGUGACUUAGAAAAAUUAAAUGAAGAUCUUGAUUUGUCACGUUUAUUAAGCGAGUGCAGGGAUCCCGAUUUAUUAGCUGACAUUGUUAGGUCUCAGGGUAGUUCGAAAGCUUUACCGCCAAUCAUAAAUUUGGUGGAAUCGAACUCAAAUGCUGUUGCUCAUUUACCUCUUGAGUGUAUUUGUGAACUCUUUAUGCAUUACAUCUCUUCUGCGUCAGCAUCAAAUAGCGUUGCUGCAGGAAUGAUAGAAAAGCUAAGUGCGUUACGUAAUCGUUUGCGAAGUGCUGCAGUGGGUUCAAGCGCGACGAGAGCAUCUGUAUUUGAAACAUUAGAAUAUUUAGCUGCUCAUCUUGCUGCUCAUUCGGCAUCUGAACGUUGUGCUGCAGCUCAUUCUUUGACGUUACUUCUUGAUUAUGAUGCUAAUAUUCAAAUACUACCAGUUGUGAUGGACGCAUUACCUGCCGCUGCCUUUCAUAGAUUUGCAUAUUUUGAUGAAUUAAAGCAUCGAAUUUGUGUAUUACUGUCACAAGCCUGUUCAGUAGAAACAGACUUGAAUCGUUUAUCUGACUAUUUGACUUUUCUCAUUGAACACUCCGAUUCAAAAAGUUUACAUUUGAGGCUAAAAGACGGAACUGAAGCGGAUGUCAUUCGGAUAAAUGCCAUUGAGUUCUACGAGAGGUAUUUUAGAGAAGUAGAGCAAGAUAAAGCUGAGUGGACAGAAGAAUUAGAAGCCCUUUUGCCUUCGAAUGUGAAAAAAGUGUUAAUUUGCAUUGAAAAACCAAAUAAGACAAUGGCUCGGUUACCAAUGAUAUCAACAGGUAUUAAUGGGAUGUUGCAGUUACUCUGCAGUCAAUGGCAAGAUAAAAAUAAGAUGGUUACUCGAGUUCUUAUGGAUCUUUGGUUUCCAAUAUCGGGAAAACGGCCAAAAGUUCUAAGUGCAGAUAGUGCUGAAUUAUUGCCUACCUGGCUAAAAUUGAAGAUGCUUCGUACUGAGGAUGAUCGAAUUAUUCGCGUUGCUAUGGAUGAUAUGAAAGUGGAGGAUGCUUUAAGAUUUGUCCAGUCAUUUGGACUGACAUCUUACGCUUGCUCCAAAAUUCUAGCAAUUUUGGAUGCUGAUGAAACACCUUUAGAUGGAAAUUUAUUAAAAGAAGCUGAGAAGGCAUCACUGUUUGUCAGGGGAUAUAAGUUACAAAAUGCUAAAGGUGGUGAUGUGUUCCUCAGCCGCAUAGCUGCUGUGAAGAGUAUACAAAAAUCUGUAAAAAUUGAAGCCGAUGGAAAUAUUGAUAUAAAAUUAAGCGCACCACCCAAAAUUUUCAAUGAAGAAAUUGUUGAUCCAAAGCGCAUUCUAAUGAAACAAAUGAGUGCCGAGGAAAUCAUUACUUGCAUUGAACUGGCAGUGCAGGAAAACAGAGAACCGGAACAAUGGCCAUCGUUGAUCUCUAAACUUUCACACGAUACUGAGUGUUGUCGAGCUGUUAUCUCAUUUUUGCAAGAAAACCCAAUCAUAUUAACUAGUGAAACUGUAGCUAGACCUCUGUUGAUUUCCUUAAUCACUGCAAGAAAUAAGGAUCCCUCGUUAAUGAGUGAUUUUGAUUCGAUGUUGGACAGUGUGAUCAUCCAAACAAAAAUCCAUAUUCCAGAUUCUGUAAAACGAUUCUUGUGUAGCCGUGGUGGAGAAUGCGCUAUCGAAAUGGAAAGUCCAUUUUCACCAAAUUAUAACACAUAUGAUCCAGAAAGCAUUCUUAUGCGUUUAUCAAAUUCUAUGGGGAUGGGUGAUAUGCAAAAUCGUCUACUGGAAAGAUUUCUGGACACAUAUCCAGAGAUUUUACCUUAUACGGAUGACUAUCUUUGCUGUAAGUCGCAUACAAUAUUGGAAAUUAUAUUCUCUUCUGAAGCACCAGCACUGCUUUAUAUCAUUUCCUUGCUACCUACAGCAUGCUCAUCAACGAUACUGAGCAAAAUAAUUCAAUUUCUUCUUUCAUCUUAUCGACCUCAAUUUAUCAGCAUGUCAGUUAUCCGAGCCAUUAUCAGCAGUUUUCGUUUUUCAAAAACAUCUUCAUUUUCUGCUGAGCAGUGUAGUGUUUUCAUUCAGUACAUUCUUGCUGCGAUGGAAAACAAUUUUGAUAAUGUUAUUACGCUGUUGAUGAAUUUUUUGAAAGAUAACACAAAUAGCGAUAUAACUCAGAAACUAGUCGCUGAUAUUUCAUCUAUUUUGAAAUCCCCGACUGAUAUCCUACACAAACCCCUAAUUCAGCAAGUGGCCAAUGCUUUUGUGAAGCACUUUCCUGAUUCAUUUCUAAAAAAUGACACUGUGGUGGUUAAUUCGUUUCGUUCUAUAUGUACUCAAGAUCGAACUGUUCAUGAUGCUAUUGUGGAGCUUUUUUCCUCAGCUGCAGCUACAAAAGAUAUAAUUAACGAUAAAAUCUCUGCUCUUUCACAAAUUGUACUUCAUCAGCCAUGUGUUGUAUUAAGACAUAUGCCAUUAUUAACAGCUUGUAUGGCAUCAGUAGCCCAAUUACCAGGUCGCCAGUUGCGAGCAAAGGGCUAUCAAGCAUUACUGCACUAUAUUUUAAAGUUGCUUCUGGAUUUAGCUCCACAAUCCUUUCAAGAACGAGAACAUUUGCAUGCUCUUUUGCAGGAGUUCUUUACUCUUUUUGAGAAUGUUGGAUGUGGUCGAACAUGGGUAUCGCUGGGGCAGCAGCUUCAGUGUGUCUGUGUCAAAUAUUUGGAGCUAAAUGCUAAGUCAGCAAAGUCUUAUUUUAUGCUACAAAUGGAAGCGAUUAAGCAGCUUUGUUCAUGUAUGAAAUCGCCUUAUUCUAAAGUAUUAGUUGAUAUGAUUGCUUGCUUAAGCAGAUCCGAAGAAUGA